GUAAACAGUAAUCUGUUUUGCACGUUUACCUUUCUACUUUAAUACUUUGAUAGACAGGAUUUUAAAUUUGUUUGAUAAGAUGUUCAGAAAUGGCUGAAUCUGAACCGCUAGUGACCAGUGAACCGGUGUCAGUAUGCAAACGGGAAAAGGUGACAGUGGUUAUUGCCAUGGAUGGGAGUGAAUUCUCGGACUAUGCACUCCAGUUUUAUGCUGAAUGCCUUCACAGACCUGGAAAUGAAACGGUCAUAGCACACACUACAGAAUAUAGAUGUAUUACAAAACCGGAUAUGUCUAUCGUAAUCAAAGAAAUAAAGGCGUUAGAAGACAAAGCUACUGAACUGGUUGAUCGAAUCAAUCAGAGACUGAAAGAACUCGGGAUCGAAGGUAAAGUUGAACGUAUCCAUGGUGAACCUGGACCAGCAAUUGUCUCCAUCUCAAACAAUGUCCAUGCCGAUUACAUCGUCGUUGGUUGUCGCGGAAAAGGGCAAAUUCGCAAGACCAUAACUGGAAGCGUAACUGACUUCAUCACACACCACUCGCAUGUUCCAGUUGUUGUUGCAAGGCAUAAGGAUCACCUAGAGAAACUUCGUCUUCAUAUUCCAUUUAAACAUCACAAGAAACGAGGGGAUCCGACCUCUCCAACAUCACCAAGUUCAGCAAGUUCAGCUACGCCAACACAGUCGCCAGACUCCACUGGGUCAUCAUCUCAACUCCGAUUUCCCGGGUUAUCUGAAACACCGGCUUCAGUAUAAUCCAGCUGGUCAUACAUGUACAGUUUAUUGAGUUAGGUGAAAAGUUUUAGUAUGUAACACUGCAACUUGAUUUUUUUUCUCAGAAAUGACCAGUCGGGCGCUGAAGUGAUAUAUUAUUGACUUUCUAUCAUGUAUCAUAUCCAUAUAUGUCAUCUCGACAAAAUGUAACCAAAGAUAUAUUAAUCUUUCAACUACAUUCACCAAAAUAAAAACAAUUUGAGAAAUUAA